CGGCAGGUUGACCCGGAAACCAGCAGCUAAAUUCUCAGUGGAUUCCGAAACAGCAGAGAUGCCCGCCAGACGCGCAGUGGAAAUACACUACGGUCCCUGCGAGCUGUUCGGGAUAAUCAGGCACAGAACUUUAAGACUAUCAGGACUCAAAGAGCAGCUGACGAAGGCGGGCUGCGACGUGACUUUGCAGCCGUCGGCGGACCUGGAGCGCGUCGAGGUCAUCGUCAACGGCUACUCCGUUUUCCGGUGUGGCAUCCGCUACCUGCAGUUCAACAACGACGGCGAGGAUGACCCUCUGGCGCGCGGGGCCGCGCACCAGGUCCUCGACUUCUUGGCGCGGCUGGAGCUGGCGUCGCAGGUCGGCCCGUGCCUCGACGACCGUCGCCUCCACGUGUUCCGACGCGUCUUCAGCCUCGCGGAGUGACCCGUCUCGGAGGUCCAACGGCGACGGCGAUGCCUCGCACCAGGUCCUCGACUUCUUCGCGCGGCUGGAGCUGGCAUCGCAGGUCGGCCCGUGUUUCGAGGACCGUCUCCUCCACGUGUUCCGACGCGCCUUCAGCCUCGCGGUGUGACCCGUCUUGGAGGUCCAACGGCGACGGCGAUGCCUCGCACCAGGUCCUCGACUUCUUCGCGCGGCUGGAGCUGGCGUCGCAGGUCGGCCCGUGUUUCGAGGACCGUCUCCUCCACGUGUUAUGACGCGCCUUCAGCCUCGCGGAGUGACCCGUCUUAGAGGUCCAACGGCGAGGGGCGAGGCCGCGCACCAGGUCCUCGACUUCUUCGCGUGGCUGGAGCUGGCGUCGCAGGUCGGUCCGUGCUUCGAGGACCGUCGUCUCCGCGUGUUCUGACGCGCCUUCAGCCUCGCGGAGUGACUCCGUAUCUGAUUAAAUGAUAUUAAUUUGUGAAA